AUGGCUCGCUUCACCUCGCUCAUUGCCGCCGUUCUGGCCACCAUUGGUGCCGUCAAGGCCCAGUGCGGAGCUGGCAACCCAGACGCCCGUGUGACGGGCUCGGGCAAUAACUUCCAGGCUGUCCGGGGCUCCAACACGGUGUAUUCGGGCUCCGACUACCGGGCGGCGAUCCAGGCGGCGCUCGACUCGAUCGGCAGUGGCCAGCGAGUUGCUGUCAUCGCGUCGGGCUCCAUCGGGGCCAACACCAUCAGCAUCAGCAGCGGCAAGACCUUUGAGGGCUGUGGUACCAUCAACGUGGGUAACCGGAAUGGUCGUGGUGCCAUCGAGUCGCUCAACACCCAAGGUGUAAAGAUUCCGUACCUGACCAUGACGGGCAACCCUUACUUUGGGCUCCGGUUCUAUGGCACCCGCGACUUGACGCUGGGCCAAAUCACCAUGAACCUCAGCGGCGGCCUGGGCAUUCGCUUCGACCGCGACAACCCAGACAACUUCAACGUGCGCAUGGGCACCAUCACGGUGACGGGCGCGGGCAGCCACGCGGUGGAGACGUGGAACAUUGACGGGCUCGUCAUCGACCGUGUCAUCGCGCGCAACGUCGGCGAGUCUGGCCUGCUGGUGCAAAAGACUCGCAACGCCCAGAUCGGCAUCGUCGACGGCAACAACGUCGGCACCGGAACCGGGUACGCGACGCUGCGCUUCGCCAACAACAAUGGCCAGAACCCCAACGGUAACUACAACACCAACAUCUGGGUCGACCAGGUCAUCUCUCGGGGCGGCGGUCGCGGCGUGUUUUGCGUGUCCCAGUCCGGUGCUGCCGUCAUCCGGACGGUCGAUCUGGCCAAAAAUGGCAACAACGCCAUCCUGAUCGAGAACUGCUAUAACCUGUCGAUCCGCGGCGGCACCGUCAACGGAGGUGGCGAGGUGCGUGUUGCUGCGAGGUCCGAGUUCCCCAACAACCGCGACCUCUGGAUCACGCUCAGGGUUGACAACACGUCGGUGAGGGAGUCGCCCUGCGGUACCAACGUGAACUGGAGCCUGACUGGCAAUGGACAGCGAGCCCUUUGCUAG